AUGAGUAAUAAUCCAAAUUCUUCCACUUCUAGUGAUGAAAUCUUUGACUACAUGUUGCUUGAUUUUAUUGAGGGAAAUCGGCAACAACAAAUCAUAGAAGAUGCAUUGAGAUAUGUGGUUAACACCACCAUGAAACAACAACAACAAGAUGUUCCACGUCAGAGAAAACGAAGGGAAGUUAUACCACGUAAUCGUGAAGCAGCUCAUGAUCAGUUGGUUGUUGACUAUUUCAGCGACCAACCAUUGUAUGGUGAUGAUAAGUUUCGACGUAGGUUUCGCAUGCGAAAACCUCUAUUUAUGAAGAUAGUGAAUCAACUAAGUGAAACUGAUCAAUUUUUCCAGCAACAUCUAAAUGCUAGUUUGCGUUAG